AGUUAACAAAAUGAGGAAAAAUAAAUAAAUAGAAAAAAGAAAAUGUAUAGAUAUACAGAUACAUAAAUAUUUGUAGAGAGAGAAACAAAAGGAGUACUGUCGGCUUCAACCAGGCAAAGACUAUCCACCAUUUUCUCUCUCUUCCUCCAUACAUACAUACAUAGCUUUACUCUCUCUCCUCUCUGAAGAAGAAGAAGAGGAAACCCUAAUUUCACCUUUGUAGUUGUUCAACUAAUUGAUCAAAUUUGUUCUGUGAAGGAGUUUAGCUAAUUUGCUGAAGCUUUUUUAAUUGUGUUUGUACUGGGAAAAUCAACUUAUUUUCCGUGGAUUAUGAUGAGAAAUAGCGAAAUCCUGGUUGAUACUUAAGUUGGAUCUGAUUAGUUAUUGCGGGAAUUCUUCAAAUACCUAUGGCAAACCUUUCUGGAAAUAACUUUGUCGGCGUUGCUCAUCCAGGGGCUCCUAAAAAUGAUGCAUUAUACAAGGAACUCUGGCAUGCCUGUGCUGGACCUCUUGUUACAGUGCCUCGUGAAGGGGAAAGAGUCUACUAUUUCCCACAGGGUCACAUGGAACAGCUUGAAGCAUCAACUCACCAGGGAUUAGACCAACAACUUCCAUCAUUCAAUUUGCCGGCCAAAAUUUUAUGCAAAGUGAUGACUGUUCAACUUCGAGCCGAGCCAGAGACAGACGAGGUGUAUGCACAGAUAACUCUGAUUCCUGAACAAGAUCAAGGCGAGAUCACAAGCCCUGAUCCUCCUCUCCCUGAACCUCAGAAGUGUACUGUCCAUUCAUUUUGCAAGACUCUUACUGCAUCUGAUACUAGCACCCAUGGUGGAUUUUCUGUUCUCCGAAGGCAUGCAGAUGAAUGCUUGCCUCAACUGGAUAUGUCGCAGCAACCACCGUGGCAGGAAUUGGUUGCUAGUGAUCUACAUGGCAAUGAAUGGCACUUUCGCCACAUUUUUCGAGGUCAACCUAGGCGCCACUUGCUUACAACUGGAUGGAGUGUUUUUGUUAGUGCAAAGAAAUUGGUUGCUGGCGAUGCUUUCAUCUUUCUCAGAGGAGAGAAUGGGGAGCUUCGAGUUGGUGUCAGGAGACUCAUGAGACAGCUAAACAAUAUGCCCUCUUCUGUUAUUUCAAGUCACAGUAUGCAUCUGGGUGUUCUUGCAACUGCGUCCCAUGCCAUCUCGACUGGCACCUUCUUCUCGGUGUUCUAUAAGCCCAGGACUAGUCAGUCAGAAUUCAUCGUCAGUGUGAACAAAUAUCUUGAAGCUCGAAAUCACAAGCUUUCUGUUGGGAUGAGGUUUAAGAUGAGAUUUGAGGGCGAGGAAGUUCCAGAAAGAAGGUUUAGUGGAACAAUUGUUGGUGUUGGCGAUAGUACAUCAUCUAGAUGGCCUGAUUCUGAAUGGAGAUCCUUGAAGGUUCACUGGGAUGAACCAUCGUCAAUUUUGCGUCCAGAUAGGGUUUCACCAUGGGAAAUGGAACCACUUGUCACAGCAACUCCUACAAACACCCAGCCUCUUCAAAGAAAUAAGCGUGCUCGACCGCCAGUUUUACCGUCGCCAGUGAAAGAACUUCCUGCUUUAGGAAUGUGGAAGUCUCCGGUAGAUUCUCCCUCAUCAUUCUCAUACUGUGAUCCGUCUCGUGCGCGAGAUCUUUACCCUUCACCCAAACUUUCCUCUGCUGCAAAGGGAUUGGGUUAUGGUGAGAACGGUUCCAUGCCUCUUUCUACCAAAAUGUACUGGCCAAGUCAAUCAGAGACAUGUACUGAAUCUGUUGCUCCUGCUAGUGAAAAGAGACCGGCUAAUGGAUAUAGGUUAUUUGGAAUUGAGUUGCUGGAUCGCCCAACCAUUGAUGAAACUUCAUUGGUUUCUAAGCCACAUGCUGUAAUGGAGGAUCAGCCAGAUCCGUCAUUAGAUGUUGAAUGUGACCAACACUCAGAACCAUUAAAUCCAAUUCCUUCUUUAAGUUUUGAGCCUGAAAAGUCACCUCUGAGGUCUUCCCACGAGUCUCAAAGCAAACAAAUCCGGAGUUGCACUAAGGUGCAUAUGCAAGGUAAGGCGGUUGGCAGAGCAGUUGAUCUUACAAGAUUGGCUGGUUAUGACGAUCUGCUCAAGAAAUUGGAGGAGAUGUUCGAGAUAGAAGGUGAGCUCGUAGGAUCAACCAAGAAAUGGCUGGUCGUCUUCACUGAUGAUGAAGACGACAUGAUGAUGGUUGGUGAUGAUCCAUGGCGUGAAUUCUGCAGCAUGGUAAGGAAAAUUUACGUCUACACAGCUGAGGAAGCCAAAAGACUUUCACCAAAGAUCAAACUUCCUGUUGACGACGUGAAACCAGGGAACCCAGUUUCAGAUGCAACUGUUAGCAAUGAGGGGAAAGCAUAGGAAGUGGGUCCAGUUACUUAAUACCCAUAAUGUGUAGAGGAAUGGGAAAAGAUGGAUCUGACAUUAGUCAUAGUUAUGGUUUUUUUUGGGGGAUGUAAGUGAUGACAGUUAGCCCAUACUGCUGGCAUGGCUGGUUCAGUUAUGGAUACUGGCUGUCAAGACAAAAAAAAAAAAGGGUUGGCUUUUUUCAUUUUUUAUGCAUUUUCUGGGGAGAGUGAUGGCAUAACAGAUAGGAUUCUCCAUCCUAGUAUUAUCAUAUUGUUAUGAUAUGAUUUCGUCAAGAAAGGGGAAUCUUAUGAUGAUGCUUUGCUUGUUUGGACCUCAGAUAGAACAGGAAAAGUUUGUCUGCACCCGUCUCUAAUGGGAGAUGUGGAGAGAUACUUGGUCUUACUUUCUGUUGCAUUUCUUUUUUCUUUUUCGGCCCUUUUCAAGGAUUUUUGUUUAAAUAUAAAGUCAUUUCAUGACAAAGAUGGCUUCUUCUGUAUAUAUUACUAUAAAAUAUUGCCUUUGCAGGUA